GGAGCUGAUAAUGGUUACGAUAGAUUCAUCGCCACGCCGAGUACCUCUCCCUCCACCUCAAAGCACUUGCGCAAAGUUGAAGACAAGAAUGAAGGAGACCUUCUUCCCCGACGACCCUUUUCGCCGCUUCAACGGCAAGCCUCCAGCCACCAAAUGGUUACUCGGAGCUCAGUUUCUCUUCCCCAUACUUGAAUGGGCUCCCACUUACAGCUUCUCCCUUCUCAAGGCUGAUCUUGUCUCUGGCCUCACAAUAGCCAGUCUAGCCAUUCCACAGGGAAUCAGCUACGCUGGUCUUGCCAAUCUACCGCCUAUUAUCGGGCUAUGUAAGAGUUCAAGAGUGAUUAAUUAGUAGCUAAUUAUCAUUUUUUAAUUCUAAUUAAAUUAUACAACAAUAAUAACUUCAA